CAUGGGAACAGGAGACCGAAUGUUCAGUUCAGUUCUAAACUCGUCCUGGUUCAUAAUACAACUGAUUUAUAUGUGCAGUUAAUUAGUUCUGACAGAACAGAUACGCACUGGGACCGAAUGACUAGGCUGAAGUCUUAGGCAGGGAAAAGGUAAAGGCUCACACUUAUCUGCACUCUAUCAAAGGUUCGUGUGGUGUGAUCAGCGGCUAUAGUUGUGUAUGCAACUGUUAAUUUAUUCAAUGUACUGGGUGUAUCCAUGCACGAUAUAACACGAUCGAAACAUUCAACUUUGUAAGUUAGACAGGUACGUAAAUUUGUCAGCCGAUGGAUGGUAGAAGCCAAUAAUAUGCAUUGAUCGCUGAGCUGUCGGCUGCCGACUGACGGAAAGCAACACAUGCGGUACUGAUGCAUCAUUGUACUUACCUGUUGAUGUCGUUUAUUACAGACACAACAGCACGGAAUUCAGAGGAAAUGGUUGAAAUGAUAAAGAAAAGGGUAGUGGAUGUUAACAGCCAAGCUGUGACGUUGUGUGUUUAGACAGGGGCGACUGCGUGAUAUAAUACCCCUGCAGAUUCAGUUCACGCCAUUGGGCUCUCAUAAACCAGCAAUUACCUCUUGUGAUGCGAUCUCUAAACUUCUUUGCGAAGGAGCAGACUUGUGUUGCUAGACUUCCCGCCAGUCAAAUAGGUCUUGUACUAGGCACUGACAGUGCUAAUAUUUCUCCCCUUCUCGCUGUCCCAUUUGGCUGGUCGAUGCUUGCCGAGGGUGCGCGCUCCCACAGUAGAUCGUGACACAGGUAAUAGUAGAAAUCAGGCGAGCGCUCACCCCGACUCCCUCCCAACAAGCAGACGAGAAUACAAGGGAAAACAGACCCGGAUAAAGCGCGCGCGGUGAUUGACGUUGAUGUGUUGAUUGACAGGUCUGAAAAGAGAGAGUGUGAGGGAUAGACAAUAAUUGGGCAAAAACGCAGCUAAAGAAAUAAUCGAGCAGGCAAAUGCGAGUGGAGAAUCGCUGAAGGUAAAGGACUGACAAGCAGCGUGUUAUUCUAACUGACGGAGGUUUACUAACCAAGCACGUGUCACUUUCGGCAGACGAUGCGAAGGCACGCGAGCGAGCGAACGUGGCAGACGAUGGUUAUGAUGACGGAGAGACAUUGUUUUCACGGGUGUUCAGACACUCAAAUUUCCAUCAUGCUGUGAAAAGAAGAAACAACUACGCACAUUUCGAACAUUUUACGAUUUUUCCAUAUUUUUUCAAUAUGGAUAUUUCCAAUAGGAAUAAAACCACUUAUUCUUGAAGAUUCCAAUUUCUGAGUGGAGAGGCCCAUUCCCGCUCUGUGACAUUUCUUAUUUAUCUUUUCCAACACUACACAUCCAUUGAAGGAGAGUGUCUACCUGAGAUGUCGCUGCAGGAGUUAUGUUUACGAGACACACGCACCCUGUCAGUGAGAAGGAAUGAUGUGUGACAGAAUUCAAUGAGGCAUAAAAACUUUGAAUUCAUGCAAGUGAAUGGAUUCUAAAGGAUAUCCAUGGAAACAGCUGUUGGAGUUAGGUUCCAUUUUUGCCAAAGAAUGACAUACCUGCCCAUGUUACGAAGCACUGUGUGGAUUGUAUACACGACUGUCACUGUGAUAAGCCUGCUUGCUAGUGUCUGUGAUGGGAUGCAGUGCCCAACCUGUGACAAAAUCCACUGUUCUCCCCGCAAAGCUUCCAGACUCAAAUGUAAAGGCGGCAUCACAACCGGUAUCUGCAACUGUUGCCCCGCAUGCGCUAAACUGGAGGGGCAAAAGUGUGGUGGAGAUUUUAACUACCUAGGGAAGUGCGAUAAGGGAUUGUAUUGUAAACCCCAAAAGAAGAACAUCACAGUAUUCAUCAGAAAAGAUCCAGUGGGGACUUGUCAAAGAGGUCCCCAAGCUGAUGCAGGGUUUUCCAUCUUCUGCCGACCGAAAUGUUCCCCGCACUACUGUAGACGGAAUACUAAAGCCGUAUGUUCCGCCAGCGAUGCAGCGGACGUACGGCGCGACUGCCAUGGUGACUGUCAACACACGUCAUGCAACGCUUGCACCUUCCAACGGGAACCAGAAUGUCCAGUCUGUCGGAAAGAUGACUUCAGAUGUCUUAAAAAGUUUGGCAAAUGUAUAAAGAAGCAAACCUGCUCAAGGAAACGAUAUCCCUGCAAGUGGAGGAAACUAAAGACACCCGAGAAAGGCAAGUUCGUGUGUCAAGUGCCACAAUGUCCAGAUGCUGCUUGAAGAGCGUUAGGUAGAUGCGUGUAAAUCUCUAAAACCUCAUCUCGCUUGGUGCUAAUCAUAUGACGUUAUUGGGCUCACUGUCGACCAAAUAACAACGCAUUUAGCUUUGCCCAAAUUGAGGAGUUGGCCAAGGCAAUAAACCUCAGUUCACAUUGUGUCUGUUUUAUGCCUAGCCACUUUCUUAUUUGCCGAAUAUCAUGCAGUGCAGAUCAUUGCUCUAACGAAUACAUGUAAACGACUUUGCUGAAACAUGCCGUUAAUAAACAUCUUAUGAACACCUGUCAGAUGGACUUGCUUGAGAAGGAAGUGAUUAUCACAUCUUAUGAACUCCUGUCAUAUGGACUUGCUUGAGAAGGAAGUGAUUAUCACAUCUCAUAAACACCUGUCAGAUGGACUUGCUUGAGAAGGAAGUGAUUAUCACAUCUUAUGAACACCUGCCAGAUGGACUUGCUUGAGAAGGAAGUGAUUAUCACAUCUUAUGAACUCCUGUCAUAUGGACUUGCUUGAGAAGGAAGUGAUUAUCACAUCUCAUAAACACCUGUCAUAUGGACUUGCUUGAGAAGGAAGUGAUUAUCACAUCUCAUAAACACCUGUCAUAUGGACUUGCUUGAGAAGGAAGUGAUUAUCACAUCUCAUAAACACCUGUCAGAUGGACUUGCUUGAGAAGGAAGUGAUUAUCACAUCUCAUAAACACCUGUCAUAUGGACUUGCUUGAGAAGGAAGUGAUUAUCACAUCUCAUAAACACCUGUCAGAUGGACUUGCUUGAGAAGGAAGUGAUUAUCACAUCUCAUAAACACCUGUCAGAUGGACUUGCUUGAGAAGGAAGUGAUUAUCACAUCUCAUAAACACCUGUCAGAUGGACUUGCUUGAGAAGGAAGUGAUUAUCACAUCUUAUGAACACCUGUCAGAUGGACUUGCUUGAGAAGGAAGUGAUUAUCACAUAUAUGAUGGACCUGUCAAGCGGCUUGGUUGGAGGAAGCAGCGAUUAUCAUAACUCGGAACUGUUGCAUUAUAUAGUUGGAUCGCGCGGCCAUCACUCAACUGAUGGACACGCGUAAGAAUUCAUUGAUGGACGCUGCUGUGCUUAUACAUGUCCAGUAGGUCUGUUAGAUGACAAAGCCGAACCAUUAGAGAUAGACGUCGCUGUGAACUCACCAUAAGACAACCUUCAGCAAAUUUGGUCGGCUGUUCUGACCCCUUCUCUUUACAUGUGUUUAUUCCCCAGUAGCCUUCACAGAGCAACACAAUCAAUUCAGGACUAUGUUUUCCAACGCUUUGAUCAUGUGUCGUUCAGGGCCGAAUCUAGUUCCAGGGAGGUUCUCGGCUGAAAGGACCAAGUUCAAGAAUCAGUUGACAGUGAAAGAACACUCAGAUAAACGCAGAAGUGUCAGAAAGUGCGUGACAAACGUAGAUGGACAUUUGUUGUUAUGUUUGUAUUUAUUUCAGAGUUGAGCCGUUUAGCAAUGGAUGGACUUCUGUGAUUAUUGUUAUGCCUGCUCUUGUUUUGAUGUGUCGUAUUUCAGUGUAAGAGAUUUGCCAUUCUUAUGAUUGAUCUAUUGGAAAACGAUCGAAGGGAAACCCUGUUGUCAUCAUUUGGUAUCAAUACUGACCAUUGUUAUAAUCAUUGAUAAACGAGGCACCUUAUAUUGAAACAAACGGUUCGCGCAUGGUACGUUACCAGUUACUUCAUAGGGGAUGUUAGGUUUUCUUGUCAAAUAACAUGUUUAUCUCAUUGAGUGACCUGACAAGGAUAUGUUAUUUGACAGAAAAAAGACAGAUGUUGUAUCUAUUAUGUAUGUUCUCACUUAUCUUAUUCUGUUACCGGCAUAGUGUCAAUCAGGCAGACUGAAACUAGGUCCGGGGAAUAGUGUUAUUUCACUAGAUAAAUAUAUUAUUUCAUCUUUAGAAACACAUUAAUUUAAUGAAUUAAUAAUUAAUGUUAUCUUUUACAAAUACUGAUUGGAACUGGUAGGGGCCGACCAUACGAUAUUCUUGGUGCCUAGGGAUGUAUCGAAAACAAUAAAUUGUCCUCGAAAUAAAUAAUAAUGCUUCAUAUUGUUUGAAAAAAGAGGAAUUUUCUGCCACAAAAGCUUCAUCGUUGUAAAGUGUUUUUCAGAGAAAAAAUAUUUUGGCUCAUGGUUUAAACUUAAAAAAAUAUCUGGUCCUGCAGCUGUAGCCGUGUAUAAUGGGGAUCAGGGGAAAUAUCAGACACCUUAAUUGACAUCUGUAAGUACAAUAUCAUAAACAUACACUUAAAACGUGAAGUUUGAUUGAAAGUGUACUCUUUCAUUAUAACACGAUAUGAUAUACAUGCCCCACGCUAUUUCUCAAAUAUCUACAAGAUAUAAUACUUUGUUGUUUGACAGCAUCAGAUGUAUGAUAAAUUCACUAUCAAACAUCCUCUGCACGUUUUGACAGAAAACUCUAAAAGAUUAUACUUGCUCUCCCCAUCCCUGGUCUUAUGGAUGGGAACGUUCUGAUAAGCCUCCUGCUAAUUCCCGUUAGCUAAUGUGCCAGCGCUAAUAAAGUGCCACGACAGGCCAGAUUAUCACACGUUUAGAUAAAACAUUCUUUGAGGACAUUAUCGGCUCUGAAUCACCCUAAUGCCAGAGUUUUCACUAAACUAGACUAUUUAUAAGCUUUUAUCAAAUGCUGUCGACUGGGGAAGCAGCCAUUACACAUUCUUCAGCACCAGAUUAACAGAAACGUGGGGAAAGUAGACUUGCUCGGCGUCUUACGUGCAGCAAAUCAAUUUCAAUUAGUAUUGUCGCCUCUUGUAUUCUGUUUCAUCAAUUCCUGUCAGAUUGUGCACUUUUUGACUUGACCCGGUGACACCGUGUCACUCUGUGUUUCCUGGUCUGCCAACUGACUGUGAAGCAGGACAGAAGCUGAGCCAAACAUUGGCCGCGCCGGACUGAACCACGAUAAAAAACAGUUCUGUAUUGUUGGUUCAAGUAAUGUGCAGGAUGACUCAUGCUAUUAUAGUGCGUCAUUUGCUCUAUUAUUCUUUGAAGAAAAUUUGAUAUUUAUAUGUCAUCAUGCUUUACGUAUUUGGCCUGUCUUCUAUUUUUACGGUUCUGUUUGAAAUAUUCGUUAACUAUGAUUAUUAUGUGUAAAACACAAGUAACGUACUAGCGCUUUCGCUUGAUCCUACGAGUUAAAAAACCCCCAACCUUUUAUUUUUGUCAUUUUCAGUAUGUGAUCUGAUUUGUUUAUUUUUUGUUGGACAUUUGGUUGUAUGGCGGUGUAACAAAUCGGAGUAUUCAGAUUAAGAUGGACAAAUCUGCACUUUCUGUUGGUGAUUUACUUCUUAUUCCCAAUAUGUCGGAUCCUUCCUGGUUUUCUAGAGCGCAUCUUCCUGGGGCAAGGGAGCUAAAAAGUCUAGUUUCCACCCUUGUCGAACUGGGUUGGAAUUCUGGAGUUACAUUUUGGCUGGACUAACAAGUCUAUGCAUAGCCCAAUCAAAAUCGCGCAACAAACUACACAUCCGGUUCGUAAACAACAUGGAUUUCAACGUGCAGAUAUCGAUCGUCUGCAGGAUUUGCCAAACAUGUUUACCGUCAACUAGGCGUUCACAGAUAUUUUCCAAAUCUUUUUCAUGUUUAUAAUCAAGGCGCUCAAAUGACUUGAUGCACUUCGCGAGGUAAGACCCGUUAAAUUACAAUAUAGAUCUUGAGUAUCGAUCAG